ACUGCAAUCCAACCCAAAUCCUGUAUGAGGUGGAAGUUUUUCCUCUUUCCACGUCCAGUAAUCUGACACCCAAAAAGACUCGCAGCAGAAGGAUGGACCCUUAACUCGGCUGGAAGGACGGAAGGAAGGAGCACUCACCCAACGAGCGCAAACGAGAGGGACCGAGCAGAAGCCGAAACCGCUGUGCGCAAAAAACAACCCCGUGGCUGCGGCAGCGGAGGAGAGGCUGGGUGCCUGCGCGUCUCCAAAAUAACUGGCCGUCCGCUUCUAAAUGCUCCCGAAGCGACAAGUUUCACUUUCCACAGGCGGAUGGGUGACUUUCCACGGCGCUUUGUGAGGAGGAGAUGAUGAAGAAUUUCAGCGGCAGUCCCCUUCACAGCAACAACCAGACUCCCAACCACGUUAGAGAGCGAAACAACAGAAAGUACAGCUUACUCUCUGUUAUACCGCUGCGAUUCUCCCUGCGAGGUUAUGGUUUCUGCAUGGCUACGCUGUUCCUCUUCUGUUUCGGCUCCCUUUUUUACCAGCUGAACGGAGGACCCCCUAAAAUCCUGCUGGACAUCCGACAGUAUCUCGGUGAAUCCACAUAUCUGGAUGACCACGGACCCCCUGCACCAAGAGUGCUCCCGUUCCCCAGCCAGGUGGUUUAUAACCGUGUGGGGAAGUGCGGCAGCCGAACGGUGGUCAUCUUACUAAGAUUACUGGCUGAGAAACACCAGUUUAACCUGGUCUCCUCUGACAUCCACAAUAAAACACGCCUCACGAAACAUGAGCAGGUGGAUCUCAUGAAGAAUAUCAGUAAUAUCCCCCAGCCAUUCCUCUACACACGGCAUGUUCACUUCCUCAACUUUACCAGGUUCAGGAUAGAGCAGCCGGUCUAUAUCAACAUAAUCCGGGACCCCAUCAACCGGUUCCUCUCCAACUACUUCUUCCGUCGCUUCGGUGACUGGAGGGGCGAGCAGAACCACCUCAUCCGCACUCCAGGGAUGAAAGAUGAUGAGAGAUACCUGGAUAUCAAUGUGUGCAUUCUAGAGAAUUACCCAGAGUGCUCCAACCCCAGAGUUUUCUACAUCAUCCCCUACUUCUGUGGACAGCACCCUCAAUGCAGGGAGCCAGGAGUAUGGGCUUUGGAAAGGGCCAAACAGAAUGUGUUGGAGAACUACCUCCUCGUGGGUAUCCUGGAGGAGCUGGAGGACGUUCUGCUCCUGUUGGAGAGGCUCUUACCUCAUUACUUUACUGGAGUGCUUAACAUCUACAAGAGCCCUGACUAUAAGAAGAUGGGGAACAUGACAGGCACAGUGCGUAAACACACACCCACCCUGGAGGCCCUGCAAGUGCUCUACCACCGCAUGCGCUACGAGUACGAGUUCUACAACUUCAUCCGAGACCAGUUCCACCUCAUGAAGAAAAAAAUUGGUCUCAAGUCCGUCUCCCAGCCCCCCGCCCACUCACCCGCUUUCCUUCGAGAGCUGGCCCUCCGAACCCCAGAGCCUCUGGACGAAGAUGAAGAGCUGGACACAGACCUGGAGGAUGCCAACAGCUGGCUGGUCCAUCCUUAAAAGGCUGUUUGACGAACAGUGGGCAUAGCCAAGAAAAAAGCUGAUUGGCUGGAGAUAGCUGGAGGCAGCCUGAGGGCAGAAGGGGAGCGUUGUUCCUCCAUCUUUCAGCAUUCCUAAGAAAAGUGGGGUGCGUUUUAGGGGUGUGUGGAUCCUGACGCUCGUGUUUUCUACGGGCUCUGCUUUCCAUCUGCGAUAGACUCCUAUCAUGACGUGCUCAGCACUGAGGACUGUCGGGUUGAGUAAUUGGAAGGACAAAAUGCUCUAUUUAAAAAAAAAAAUUGACCAAGAACAGUGGGAAAUAACGUUAAGCUUAAUGUGCUUGACUCAAGUUUUGUUUUAAUUUGAGCUUGUUUUUGGGUUCAUUUAUGUAAAAACAAAAAAAGAAACGUCAUUGCUGUAAUCUCCAGGAGAGAUUAGCGCAAGGUGUGGAUAGCUAAACGUGUUGGGAAAUAUUCUUAAUGUUGGUCGCUGGGGUGUUUACUGUCAGAGAGGACUCCAGAGACAUAGCCCAAGAAAGAGAUUUAUGAAAGGGUUACUGUCCUAAAAGCUGGAAUGGGAAAUGGUAUUCACAAAUAAAGAAAAGUACCAAAACCCUUUUUUGUAUAUUAGUUGUCUAGGACUGUUGUAAGUGCCAAACCUUGCUGAGAGAUCCAGUAAACCUCCGUGCACGGCUGGUGGAGUUGUGACCGCAAGCGAGUCAGUUGUUAUACUGUACUAUUGGUUUAUAACAUUUUGUUUAUUAGGUAUAAAUGAGGGUUAGAUGGCAGGCACUCAAUUAUGAAUUCAAAGAAUUCCGACAGUGUGUGUGUGAAUGAUUGAGUUUGACCAAACCAGCAGUGUAUUUUAGCGUAGAUUUAUUAUUUUGGGACAGGGACAGGUCAUUUUGUUGCGAGUCAAACACUAAAAAACAUUUAGUUUGUUUAAUCCAAAGUUUAAAAGAUUGAGCUUGCCAAAUACCAGUGUUUCUACUGCGAUGAAUUACAAAACUGUACGAAUAUACUGCACUUUUUCUGAGGUGACUUUUCCUGAAAUUCUGCAGCAAAAUGAGGGAUUCGGUCACAAAACUGGAUACUAAUGCUCCUUUCAUUUCAAACAGGAUUGUGUUACUGUUCAAGGGUUCGUUUUCCCCUCUCAAAAUACUACCAUGAAAGCGUGUGAAGUGUUACCGACCCCCGUUAACACUAACUUCUAAUUGACCUAUGGCUAAGCCACGCCCCCAUCCACUCACUCGGACAAACUAUCGGGUCCAUGUCAUUGGUCCGACAGCCCAUUGGUCCGACAUCCCAUUAGUCCGACUGUCCGUGGUGCUGAACAGCUCCCGGCGGGUGUAUUUCUACCUUGAUGGUGCGCCGCGUCCGGCUCUGGGUCAGCUGGGAAAGGGUUGAGGCGGAGCAGGCUCACAGCUUAUGUGUUUGUCACUUUCUUUUUCAUUUUAACCCACACCAUGAUUUUUUCCUGACUCUAACCAAGUGGUUUUUGUGCCUAAACCUAACCAGACCUUAACCACAGGGCAUCAUGAUGAUUUCGGAACAGACUUCGGAACAAUGGGUUUAAUAUGGUCGGACCAAUGGGCUGUCGGACCGAUGGACAGUUCCCCAAACUAUCAACAUUUAGUGACCGGCGCUAUGGCAGGUGUCACAGUACACGGCAUUUUACAGGAGGCAACUGAUGAUUUUUGGGGACAUAACGAUCAGAUGUCAUUGAGAAGUAACCAAAAGGGCCUAAACUACGCAUUGGAGGGAUAUAUUCAUCAUUUUAUUGUUGAGAAGGUCGAUGAAAAGCUUAAAUUACAAGCCAAAAUUUACAGGUCACAGUGUACGCUUGUGAACCGCAUCUUGUUGCCGUUGCCAUCAAAGACAACAAGUUUAAGUGCCACUGAAGUUAAGGUUUUUGGCUCAGAAUAUGAGAAAAGGAUAACGGCCUUUUUUACCAUCUUUACCAAGAGUGUCUCUCCAUUAGUUUGGUGCUACAGUAUUUACAUUGAAUCAUUCAGCAUAACGUAUGCCAACCUUUGUUAUCUCUGUGAUUACAGAUAAAUUAAUGAAGCUAAGCUCCAGAAGUUAACGUUAGCUUAACUAGAGCCCCAUGGACAACAGCUAACAAUGAUGUACGAUCACCAAAGUACAAAAACUAGAACAAAAAAGGCUAAUGAACUCCCAGCAAACAAGCUGACAUGAUGAACAACGUAGCUAGUAGCUAACGUUACACUAACUUUAGCUAACGUUAGCUAGAGAUGUUAAAGAUAACUUUAUAUUUCUUUCCAGCAAAGUGACAAUAUGUUGCCUCAAACACGAUGUUGACUUACCUUAAAACAGAUGUAGACAUCCUUAUUAAUCUUAUUCACGUUAAGUUGAUGUUGUGGUCUAACGUUACCACACAACUUUAUCCAAAGGAGACACUUUUCUGUGGUUUAAAGUGUAAAAAUUACAUCUCAUCGCCCAGCCUCUCAGGAUACCUUGUGUCGGAGUUGCAUGUACCCCAUGCACACCGUUUGACCAUUUUUAAACUUCAAAUCUCCGAAAAGCUCAUAAAACCAAACAAAACUGACUUUCUGUAAUGCAGUUCAAUGAAUGUCCAGGUAGAGAAUGUCGAGUGUAUGGGAGUGGCUAUACACACUGUGAUUGGCUCAUCGCGUUUGAGGGCGAGACUUAGCCAUAGGUCAAUUCUCCAGCAGCUACUCAGAGUGCAUGUUCGUCAUCACUCAUGUUCAAAUCACCCAGACAACAGUAACCAUAAGCUAAUACGUGACGUCAUCUACCAUGCUAAUCUCCAUUGUCUGUACCUUUUCAUUGUCCUGGUUUGUGUUCAGUGUUUCCUUUUUCUUUUCUUUUUUUGCCAGUUUAAUUUAUUAUUUUGUAUUCAUUUGCAUUCCAGAUAAGAUUCUCAGGAAGGAAGAAAAAAAAAAGAUGUUUAAUAACUUGAUCAUUUGUAUCUUUGGUUUCUGGCGGCUACGAAACUACUCUUGGUGUUUUAAGGUUGUCUAGAAUGGGUUUAUAUAAACAGCUGAACACUUGUUAACAACAGCUAAUGCAGUCCAUCAUUUUACAGUCUUCAAAAUAAAUGUCCUCUAACUAUUGCA